AGUGGGAUUUCUAGUUCGACUCCUUGCUUUGUUGUAAUUGUGGAGCUGCUUCUGUCAAAAAUAGCCUUUUUUAACAGCCAGGCAUCCACUUUUUGUGGCUUUGUGGGAGGCUUUUUUUUCUCUGUGGUGGUUCACAAUGUCCUCACAAAUAUGGUUGCGUAAAUAAUCAUGAUGCUUUCCAUUAAUGUCAUGGUGGAUCAAGGUAAGAGCAGGUCAUGGAUAGGAUCAUAUGAGGUGAGAGGUGACAUUCAGGGACAAGUUUCAGGUGCUAUAGUUCAUGUAAUUACUGAUUUCUUCAUUUGAUUAGACUGACUUUCUGCUGUAGGUGUACAAGGAAAAUGACAUUGAGAUUUCUCAGUACUAUGAGGAUAAUAUAAUGCUUAGUAAUUUGGUACUGUUUGUUGCUUAAUGAAAUAUGGGUUAUUUACAACAUUAAGAGAGCUAAUUUUUGGUUUGCAGUAAUCACUGUCUAUGAAGACAGGUAGGUCUCUUGGUGCAAAACCAAGUGAGACAGAUACAAGAGAAGCCCCACAAUAUCUGGGGACCCAUAUACAAGUGCAUUAGAUCAGUGUCAAUACACUGUAAGUGAAAGAACUCUCAUUUCCUUUAAACCAAGGCCUUUGCUUUUAAUCAGAGUGCUAAAGUCCAAUUAACCAUCACUAAUUCCCUCGACCAGAUGUCAGUUCUAUUCAGAGUGUGUAUUUGUGUUAGAAAGUGAAAGAUAAAGACAGAGUUUUUGUAUCAGCUGUUAUUUGUCUUCUUUGGUUCUCAGACGAGUGGAUCUUAAAUUAAAAAAGCUGGACAGCACCAAGUCCCUGCUAAUCAAAUCGGAGCAGCUGCUUCGGAUCGAGGACCAUGACUUUGCAAUGCGGCCAGGCUUUGGAGGUAAGACACUCACCUCAUCGAUCUGUCUAUCUAUUUUUGUAUAUCUAUCUUCUUUGUUCUUUUUAUUUUUAUUUUUAAUAACCAUGUGCUUGCCUGGCAGCUCACUAAGGUUAAUGUAGGUUACUGUGCUGUCUUUGGAAUUACGCGUCCCAAAAAAAACCUGAGUGACCUAGAUUGUCGCUUGUGUGAGACAAUGACUACAGACAGUAGUACAGAGAAAAUAAUCUGAACUGUGUACCUAAAUCUGUGGGGGUGAAAAGAUAAAACAAAAAGCCUGAUGUUAGAGGAUAUUAAAAACUGUUAUGAGACCUACAUACCUUUUGUGAUAAUCUGCAUUUGUAGAGUGUUUAAUAUAAAUGUCCUUAUCUGACACAAGAAUAUGUAUAUCAAAUCUGUGUGUGACAAGCGCUAUACGGCAUACAUUUGGUUUUAGUUUUUGCUAUUAUUCCAAGUAAAUGGUGUGCAAGAAUAAUUAGGUAAAUAGGCCAUUCAAAGGACAUCACCUUUCAUUCAUUUACAGGAUCACUUUAUACUCUUCUGAACUCAAAAAGUGUUGUACGAGGUUCUAAUACUCUUGAAACGUAAAUUGUGAAUGCAACAGAUGCACAAAAUAACAUUCUUUUUUGAGUACAAACACCCAGGGAGUUGCAACCCGUCCCUCCACUGAGUUACUGUAAGAUUCAUUGCAUGACCAGUUUCUCAAAAACACAGCAAACAUGCAAAAUUGUACAAAAACCCUUACAAAAAACAUCUGUACUGAACUGUUGUUGUAUUGGAGAGGUAUUUGACUAAAGUGGGUCUGUAACAAUGUCUAUGCAGUAAUUUUUCAGCAACCAAGACAGUGGCAGGGAUACAGCCACAAAAUGUAGUUCUCCCUGUAGUUGUAGCCUGUAACACCCAAGAUUUUCCUCAUUAGAAAUAUGACAAUGUGCAAUGUGUCUUAUUUGUAACUACUAUUUUUAGGGUGGGCUUUAUCCUGUAAGCAGUUGGCUUACUCGGUUUAAACUUGACUUAUAGGUGUGAUUGUUGUGUUUGUGCUACUCAUAAUAAUAUCAUAACAAGAUCUACAAAUCAGGAAAAUACCAGAAGAAUUUCUGAAAAGCAAUUUCAUUCCUCUUCAGAAAGUGAAAAAUACUCAAGUGUGUGAAGAGCACAGACUGAUAAAUAUUAUAAAUCAUGGGUCAAAGAUACUGCUGCAUAUAAUUACGAGCAGAAUAGCCAACAUCAUUGAUAGCGGGAUUUCAAAAUGCUAGCUGAGCUAUAGAAAAGGAAAAUAAUACAGAGAUGACAUCUUUAUACCUAGAACAAUUGGAGAGAGGAUGAUACAAAAGAAAAAAAAAGUUUACAUGAUGUUCAUAGACUAUCAAGAGGCUUUCGAUCGGGUAAACCAUGAGCAACUAAUUGAACUAAUUGAAGGAAUUUCGGCACAUGAAAAAAGAAUAACAGAAAAUCUAUAUUGAACCAGAAAGCAGCUGUCAUUACAGAAAAUGGAGAAACAGAAGAAGUAGACAUCUUAAGAGGUGUAAGAGAAGGAUGUAUUUUAUCCCCAAUUCUCUUUAAUUUGUAUAUGGAAAGGAUGAUCGAAGAAGCACUACAAGAGAAGAGGGAUACAGAUAAAUGGGUAGACCUUGACAAACAUCAGGUAUGCUGACGAUACUGUUCUUCAAGCAGAAGAUGAGUGGGAGCUCCAAGCAAUGUUAGAAGUUGUAAAUCAGGCUUGCAAGCGAUACAGAAUGGCAUUGAACAGCGAUAAGACCAAAUCAAUGAUUAUGGGAGAGGGUGAAAUUGGCAAGUUCAAAAUUAUACUGGAACUGGAGUGCACAAACACAAAUACCAGGGAAGUUUCAGCUACAGAGAUGGAAGAUGUCUGAGGGAAAUUAAAUGCAAAAUUGGACAAGCAAAAAAGGCUUUCUUGGGUAAUAAAGAACUUCUGAGAAGCUCGUAUUUAAGGUGAACUGUAGUGCUUGCCCCACACUGUAAGAGACAGUCACCUCCUGUUGUGGCUAUGUCAACUCCUAUGUUGUUAUGCAUUAUUAUUGUAAACAAUAAGAUCUUAGAAAAUCAAAGUGUUAGUGGUUAGUUUAAGUGCUUUGUAAAAUCAGUCCUUUGCACAUUUAUGAACUCUAUAGGCACCUUUCUAGCACCAGAAGCAUAUCAACAAAUACAUCUGCUGCUGUAGUCGAUAAUUCUCUUGUGGAUACUUUUUAAUUUACUUCUGAAACAUCAUGUUUUGUUUGAAGUAAUAGGGUCGGUGGAUUUAAAGAGCUGACUCCAACCAUUUUUGACACUCUGAAGACUCUUAACCAAUGAAACAACAGAAGACAUUUCUGAUUCCUAAACUAAACAAAGUCAAUGAAUUGACUUUGUUUGAGUCGACUCUAUGAGCUAUCAGUCGUUACUGAAUCAUGAAUGUAACUGCGGCUCAGCAAGCAAUUGAUCGGACUGUCUCGUACCGUUUUGCUCCUUGUGAGUUGUAGUUGACCUCUUCCUCAAGACUGCAUGUACGUUCUUGUACUUUUGAUCUUUUAUCUAAUGUAUCAGAUUUUUAUCGCUGCAGUUGCUACUGGUUUCUUUUGGAGAGAUUCAUGUCCAACAAAGAGUUGAAAGGUCCCCUGAUAUUGUCCCCCCCACCCCCCGAUAUAAAAAAUGAACACGACUUCCAGAAGCCUAUCUGCCUGAUAUAAUCCCUCCCACUUCACCACUCUAUUGUAAUCGUAGACUCAUGGUUUUGAGUGCUUACCUUCAUUAGAUAAUGGCACUGAGAGAACGGGAUGUUUAUAGUGUGCAUCAUACGUUUCCAGCAUUCUGCCAUUGAACGAUGACAUGUGGACCAUACUAUACAGCAUGGGAUAUUUAUGUAACAGUACAAUAUGGUAGUUUGUAACAUAACACUAUAGUAUUUCAAUUUCUCAAGCAAAGAUUUCAGUUUAUGCAUGCAGAUUGCUACGCUAUCAUGUACUUGCAGUCCAAGUUGAGUGUCUUUGCUGGUUUUGUCAUUACUGUGUCUGAAAAAGUCAACUGUCAGCUGUGCGUAUCAAUAACGGCCCUGGUUGUUUUUUUCUGGCUCUGGCCCCUUGUGUGCAGAGUUUUCAUAGUUUCCCAGUGUGCGUUGGGGUUUACACCAGGUUGGUGCUAGACUGGAUCAGCCAGAGGGACAAUUUGCAAAAGUCUCGCAAGAUUUGUGUUAUAUUUCUUCAUUGUGCGCGUAAUUCUAACCCUAACCUUGACCUUAACCUCAACCCUAGCCUUGACUUUACCUUAACCUUAACCCUAACCUUAACUGCACUUGCGAGAGUUUGUCCCUCUGGCUGAUCCAACCUAGUAGUUACCUUUACACCAGGCCAUGUGACCUAAAAUGCCCACUGAUUGGAUCAUUAGUGUUUGUGAUCAUUUGUCAUAACUGUCAUGUAUUGGGUUAGAUAGGUCACAUGUCUAGUAGACAGAAAGCAGCAGGGAAGAUCAGAAGGAGAUAACCAGGAGGCUAUAGUUGUACUAUCCGUUGUACAAGUAAAAGCAAGUAAAAGCAGAAGCCCCAUGUCAUGAUUCAAUUCUGGAUGCACCAAUUACGUAUCAAGAUAGGCACACAACAAUGGCGACAAAGACGUCGGACUUUUGAAAAAAAGUGCAGCUAAGUUAUCUUGAGUUUCAUUUAACACAGAAAAGUCAGGACCUCAGCCGUUCGCAUAUUGCACAGACCCAGCUACGCUAGGACUGAGAGGGGCACGUUUGAGUUAUAUCCAGAUGGGAAAGGACUAAUCAUUAAAGAUGAUGUAACCGAUGUUACAAAACAGAGGAGAUGAGCUCUUCUUUUGCACAUUGCUGGACCAGAUGUUCAGGAUAUAUUCUUGACUCCACAGAACACUGGAGCAGCAACGGACUAUAUGGCCGUGGUUGGCGCACUGAAUACAUACUUUGUUCCCCAUGUCAAUGCAGCAUUUGCCUACCAGACAUUUCACAAGUUGUUUCAGAAACAAGGUGAGACUGUGCAACAAUUUUCUACAUGUCUUAGACAGACAGCGAAAGACUGUGAUAUUCGAGCAGGUACAGAUAACCAGAUAAGGGGUGCAAUUCUGAUUAAGUGUAUCAGAAUAUGUGCGCAGAAAAUUACUGGAAGAAGGGCAUGGACUAACGCUAGCCCAGAGGAAGGGGAAUGGACUAACACUCGCACAUUGGAAUUGGCCUCACAGUGUGAAAGAAUUUAGGAACAGAUGGCAGCUAUGUCUCUGAAUGGAGAAAAUUGGGACACAGAAACUGUCCAUCGUGUCGCACAAAAAGGAGGGAAGUACAUGAAAGCAAGAGGAAAGAUAAGGGAUAAAGAAGAGGGCAAAACUGAGAAACAAUGUUACAGAUGUGGUUACACUGAUCAUAUGAGAAAGGAUCCCAAAUGCCCUGCAUGUGGACAGGCAUGUCACGUGUGUAAUGGAAAAAAACAUUUCUCAAAAAUGUGCUGCACAAAAAGAUUAAAGACACACAAUGUGAACAUUGUUGAGGUACAACAAAAAGAGUUUGCAUUUAUUGUAAAAGAGGAUGAAAUGUCAGACCUUUUGUGUGGGGGGAGUAGACUUAAAAAUGUUGGUAGAUUCAGAUGCUACUAUGUGUGGGACAAACUUAAGGCAGAAAAGAUAGCUAGAUAGAAGUGCUAUUCAUAUGUGCCAAAGGAGAAGAGGAAUUUGUACCCAUAUUCAUCCAGUCAGUCACUGCCAGUCAUGGAGGCAUUAAAGUGUGAAAUCAGAAUUGGCAGCAGGAUGGAUCAGGCAAUUCAUUGUGAUUAAAGGCAAUGAUGAACCACUCCUUGGGAAAAAGACAGCCAUGAAGCUAGGAGUGCUAAAAAUAGGUGAAAAUGUCUCAGCUGUCACAGACAUCAAAUACACAUUCCAACAGCAAUACUCAAAUGUGUUCAAGGGAGUGGAAAAGUUGAACACCAAGAAGAUUAGACUAUACAUUUACCCAGUGGUGAAAUGUGUGGCCCAGCCACUCAGACGCACACCAUACAACCUCAAGGAGGCUGUGGAAAAAAAGAUAAAAGAAUUGAUUGACAUGGACAUGGACAUCGUAGAACGUGUCGAGGGCCCCACCCCCUGGGUAAACCCAGUGGUUGUACUCCCAAAACCUGACAAAGUUAUCUGGAUGUGCCUAGAUAUGAGAAGGGCCAAUGAGGCAAUCAUGAGGGAGCAGUACCCUAUUCCUAUUGUGGAUGAAAUACUCCAAGGCAUGGAUGGCUCCAGUAUAUUUAGCAAGCUAGAUCUGAAAUGGGGCUACCAUCAAUUAAAACUGACCACAGAGUCACAGGAGAUAACUAUAUUUGCAGUAUGCAUGAGGGAAUAAAGAUACAAGAGACUGAUAUUCAGUGUGUCGUCAGCCAGUUAGUAAUACCAGAAUGAGAUAGCCAAUGCAUUAGCUGGCAUUGAAGGUGUAGAGAACAUCUCAGAUGAUGUGAUAGCACAUGCACUAGAGCUGUGACAAUAACCGCAAUAUUGUCAUGUGAUGCCUAACACAGGGUUGAGCUCAUUACCAGCAUCACUGCACUUUUAGAUACGUUGGAGAAUCUCGUUGCCUUGGCUUGCUCCGGGCAAUAGGCUGCAAGACCUUGGCAUUGCCCCACAAGAAUGACUGCCCAGGGGGAAGCUAAAAGUGGUGCCUGAGGAAGCGGAAGCGCUGCAAGCAAGCUGGUAACCAAGCUAGGCCAAAGGCUAUCCCCAGUCGACCAGCUCUCCCAUCAAUCUUCCUUGCCAGUGUCAGUUCCAUCAACAAUAAACUAGACUACCCAAGACUGCUUCUGACCUCCUGGAGAGAAAUGACAAAGUGCCUCAUCUUCACUGAAACAUGGCUGCAAGAGAGUAUUUCUGACUCCACUAUCCAGCUAACUGGGCUAACGGCUCUCAGGUCAGACGAUAUUGCCUCACUGUCAGGUUCAGCCCUUCCUGUCGGCAUUGACGUCCAGGUAGAGAGCAUUGACAGCAUAAGUGAAGUAAACAUGGACUUCACCAUGACUUUGUACCUGAGGCAUUAUUGGCAGGACGAUCGCCUGGCCUUCCCCUCCAGCAACAACAAGAGUCGUACCUUCGAUGCACGUUUAGUGAAGAAGAUUUGGGUCCCUGACGUGUUCUUUGUCCACUCUAAGCGCUCCUUUAUCCAUGACACAACCAUGGAGAACAUCAUGCUGAGGGUUUAUCCUGACGGCAAUAUACUCUACAGUGUCAGGAUCACCGUGACGGCACUUUGCUCGAUGGACUUCAGUAGUUUCCCUCUGGAUACACAGAAUUGCUCUCUGGAGCUUGAGAGCUAUGCUUACAAUGAGAACGACCUCAUGCUCUACUGGAAGAACGGGAACGAUUCAUUAAGGACUGAUGAGAUCGUGCUCUCACAGUUUUUUAUUGAAGACUUCCAGCCUUCCUUUGGGCUUGCCUUCUACAGCAGUACUGGUUGGUACAAUCGGCUCUACAUAAACUUCAUUCUCAGGAGGCAUAUCUUCUUCUUCAUGCUUCAGACGUACUUUCCUACAAUGCUGAUGGUGAUGCUGUCCUGGGUGUCCUUUUGGAUAGACAGGAGGGCCGUACCUGCUCGUGUCUCUCUGGGCAUCACCACUGUCCUGACAAUGUCCACCAUCAUCACUGGUGUCUCAGCCUCUAUGCCUCAGGUGUCUUAUGUCAAAGCUGUAGACAUCUACUUGUGGGCAAGCUUCCUGUUUGUCUUCCUGUCAGUCAUUGAGUACGCUGCUGUUAACUAUUUCACCACAGUGGAGGAGAUGAAGAAGCUCAAGAGGGCAAAGGUCAUUCAUUUUCAGUGUUUCUGUGGCCUCUAAUUUCUUCUUCAAUCUCAUGUGACAUGUUUGACCCACAGAAAAUCAUUUCCUACCAUCUGUAACUCGCUGACCUCAAAGCCUAACAUCCUCUCAUCUCCUCUCCUCUGUCACUGCAGAUCCCCACCUUCAAUGCCACUGAGGCUAUGGUGUUCGAUGGUUGUUUCCAUGACAAUGACAUCGACCUGACCUCUUUUCCAGAGGUUUCCA